UCUCUCCUACACACAGCACCCCAAUCCCUUUAGUGCGCGCACACACGCACACACACACACACACACGCGGACCCCCCGCAGAUCCAAAGCAGGAGUCAGAACAACAUCUUCGCGUUUUCUACCAGCUCCCCGUUUUCUUACAAAGGAGGAAGAAGCAGGCACCUCAAAGGUAGUGAUGGCUCUCCAACGCUUCUAUGGCGAGAACAGGGAUGUAGGAUUCCACGGUGAGACCAGGAAUGAACGAUUCCUUAGGCAACAUGUGGACUCUGAAGAGACAGGUGGCACCGACUGGUACUGCAACAAGAUGAUGGAAACCCGGGGGAUGACUUCGCCUGAUUGCAAGAAAUUGAACACCUUCAUCCAUGAAGACAUCGGGACCAUUAAUAACAUCUGCAGCACCCCCAAUAUCCAGUGCAAGAAUCGCAAGAUGAACUGCCAUGCGGGUGUAGUAAGAACCACAGAAUGCGCACUUAUAAGACGUCCCAAGGACUCCUACUGCUCAGACAGGGUGAUUAUGGGAGGUAACCAGCCCCCCAAAUGCAAUUAUAAGGCCACUGCCAGCACCAGGCCUGUGGUCAUUGCCUGUGAGGGUAACCCCCUGGUGCCUGUGCACUUUGACAGGAGUGGUGAUAGCGUGCCUGUGCACGUUAACAGGAGUGGUGAUAGCGUGCCUGUGCACGUUAACAGGAGUGGUUAUAUCGUACAUGAUGAGCUUUAAAUUAUUCCUUGAAUAGCAAUGUGCAGUGCAUUUGAGCUAUCUCAGGCUCUGUCUCCUCUGCUUAUGUCUACUUCUUUUUCUCUAUAUAAUCCAUUCAGUUAAAUGCACCAAGAAGUUAGUGGAAAAGCUGAAGCAAAAAAAUCCAUUAACACUGGCCACUAAUCCAGGACUUUUUUCUACAUCAUCACAAGGAGUGUUUUGAAAGUAACUGCUUUUUGGUAUUCCCAGCAGUCAGCUGUUAUGGGAAGCAUUAAAAAUGUGGAAACACGAACUGGCAAAAUGAGAGCUCUGUCUGUAUAAUAUGACAACCUUGUUAUGUUUGGGUCUAAUAAGAUUAAGAAAUGAUACAAGGGACUUUCUUUUUCUCUUCCCAAACUUCUGAAUCACGGUAGCAAGUAGGAAUAUUAACAGUGCACUAGAUCAUUAAGACUCACUCACUCUUCCUGACUGGAAAGGUUUUUCAUGUUUCCCGUGUAAUAAAGAACUCAACUAUAGAUCUGUGAA